AUGUAUAUUCCCAGUGUGUUAGCCACAGGAAUACGGACGACAUGGCUCAAUGAGGAUCCAUCAACGAGCAAUGGGCGCUUUGGACUUUUGUCAAAUAAUGAACAUCAGGACCCCAGCCAAAGAAAUGUUGUUGCGACCAGAAAAUCCGAAUUUCCUCCACUUUCAUGCUAUUCAGCGUCCCAACCUAUGCCCUUGUAUAUGAACAAGACAUCCCAGAGGGUUUAUAGGAAACUAAAAACUUUAAAACUGAACAGUGAUCUCGAUGGCUCCAAUAACGAGAACACAUUUGAAAGUAUUGAGCAAUUAAGCUUGGAAUUAGGAAAUAGAAUAAAUCAUACAGCUGAACUGUCAACAUGGGGCUAUAAAUGGAUAGCGCCUCUUGGAGUCGGUAAAACGAUGUCUCAGCUUUUGGAAGAAGAGAAAAUGCAAAAACUAGAGGAGUUUGUAGACGUUGAAGGUUUUGAACAUGAGGAUGUUCAACCACCUGGAGAAUCUAUGUCUGUCGAUGCUACUGACCAUCCAGCCGAUGAAGACAAUACGCAUCUAAUGACGGAAAAUUUUGGACAGAUGCAUCGUACUACAGCACCUUCGAACGCUAAUGAUAAUUUUACUAUUGACGGUACAACUGAGGGCUCCAUUUCAAGAAGUAAUAUCUUAAGUCUGAACGGUGGGUAUCAAGACGACGCACAGCCACGUCAGCAAAUGGCUGAAGGAGAAGAGAGAGACCUAGAUGCUGAACUUAGUGACCAUGAUGUCAGUGGCUACGAAGAACAUGAUGCCUUUUAUGGAGAUGAGGAUUACGAUGAAGAAGUAAUCCAUGAAGAUGAAGGCGCUGAAGAAGACUCCGAUGUAGGAAAUCACGCAAUACAUGAGGAUUUUCAAGAGAGUGAAAUUGAAAGAGGUUCCUUUGAUUUCAUUUCAGGUAAUGACAGGCCACUAUUACAAAGCAGUUUUGAUGAAGAGCGGAACCCCUUACCAAUAAAAAAGCAAAUUAAACCAAAUCACAUACCUGAAGAUGGAUAUUUCAUGGCAUUUGAAGAUUAUCAAAACGAUCAUAGUAUCUUAGAAUCAAACAACGGAAACCCAAGUAAAUUUAGGAAUGUGUCUAUUGAUGGAGGAUCAAUGAGAGUCAGAGGAGAAUUAGUGGAGGUAUUGGACUCGGCAAACCUUACCACACCGACCACGACCAACUCAUUCUUGGGAAACUUAAACCAAGAUACAGGAAAUACCACUGCAGGUAGUGAUAACGAUUCAGAUCUUGAAAUGACCAUCGAUUAA